AGGAAAGGAAAGCUGUACAUGCCUUUAGUUAACAGAGUACUGGUCUGAAGAAGAGGUAGGAUCUCAAAAUGCCCAGAGGAAGCCACCGUCAAGAUGGAAACUUCUUUAGAGGAAAAGGACGGACCUAUUUCACAGCAGAAGAAGCCCUGGGAAUUGGGAUCUUCAUUUUGGUGCUGGCUAUGUUGCUUAUCUUUGGAUGCUGGUUUUACAAAAGGCGCAGUGGCUAUAAAAGACUACAGAGCAAAGGCAUCAGUAUGGGCACCAUACGAACUGCGGUAGGUGAGGGAGCAACACCAGACUGCAAAACGGCUCUGCAAGAGUACAGGAACUUUAGUUCUGUGGUACCUGAUGCUCCACCAGCCUAUGACAAAAUUGCUGCAGAGCAGUCACCACCUCCUUAUUCACCAUGAUAGCAAUAAGUCUUAAACUCUGAGCACAUCCAUUCAAUUUCUUC